AUGUGGAGAUCAGCUCUCCUAGCCAUAUUUUUGGCUGGGCAUGUUGCUUCCUUUGUGAACCAUCCUAUUGGUACUGGAGUGCGUCUCUUUGGGACUAGAGGUAGGGGACCCGGUGGCGGUGGUGGAGGUGCUCCAGCACUCAAACUGGAAAAUCCACUAAAGUUACAGAGAAUUGCGGCUGCUCCACCGAGCAAUCCUCGAGGAGGAGAUCAACGAGGAGGACCCAGGAAUAAUAACGCCAGGGGUGGUGGCGGCGGUGGUGGCAACCAGAGAGGCCCACGAAGAGACGGACCUCCUCGUCAAGUUGCCAGUAUUGGAGAUGGAGCCGCUCCGGGUCCGGGAGCAACAAGUGAGUCGAAGUAUAAUAACUACAACGACAACACUCGUGACACUGCUGGCGGUGGGCCUGCCUCCAAGUUUGGACGAGAUCGCAAACCAAAAAAGAAAGCGGGGCCAAACGAGGGAGACGGACGAAACAAUAGGAAAACUUCACUUCGUAUUGGCACUGGCCGAAAGGGUCGAGGUGCAGAGCUCAGCCGAAGGCGUGGUAGUCUCAAGAGACGUGAUCGGUCCGCGGAAAAGGCAGCCCGAGCCGAAGCUGCAAUAGAACGGAAAACUGUCAACCUGUCAGAUGGCCCCAUGACUGUGGCCGAGCUAGCCGAAGCCAUCGAUGAAAAGCCCGUUCCCGUUAUCAAAUUCUUGAUGACUGACCUGGGUGUCAUGGCAUCCAUGACACAAAGCUUGGACCCAGCUACCUGCAUUGCUGUGGCGGAAGGUUUCGGCAAAAUUGUCGGUGGAUCUGAAGACGAUGAGUUUGAUGAUGAUGAUGACGAGUUUAUGGAAGAGGACACAGCACUGGCUAGUGGCUUUGCCUUUGAAGAAGAUGACGAGGAAGACUUGAAGCCUCGUGCCCCUGUAGUCACUAUUAUGGGCCAUGUUGAUCACGGCAAAACGUCCCUGUUGGAUGCUAUCCGUGACACACGCGUCACUGCGGGUGAAGCGGGAGGGAUCACACAACAUAUUGCAGCAUACCAGGUUGAGCACAACGAUCAGAAGAUUACAUUUAUUGAUACUCCUGGUCACGCUGCGUUCACAGACAUGCGUGAGCGUGGUGCCAACAUUACAGACAUGGUCAUCUUGGUUGUGGCAGCCGAUGAUGGCGUCAAACAACAAACCGCUGAUUCGAUCGCAUGUGCUCGUCAGGCGGGUGUCCCGUUGGUAGUCGCCAUUAACAAGUGCGAUUUGGAAACCGCUGAUCCAACAAAAGUCAUGACAGAAUUGACUGGAUACGACAUUUUGACAGAAGAAUUUGGUGGAGAGGUCCAAAGCUCCAAGAUAAGUGCCAAGGAAAGAACGAAUCUGGAUGAUCUACUCGACAAGAUCAUGAUUCAAGCUGAAGUUCAGGAUUUGAAGGCAAAUCCCGACCGUGAUGCCGAAGGUAUCGUGAUCGAGGCAUUCCUCGAACGUGGCCUUGGAACGGUUGCCACAACACUGGUGAAGAAGGGCACACUGCAAGUCGGUGAUAUUUUCGUUGCCGGUGAAACAUAUGGUCGAGUACGUGCAUUGAUUUCUACCGGUGACGACAAGACACGUCUUGACGAAGUAGGACCAAGUACUCCUGUUCGGGUCGUUGGAUUUGAAGGUGUCCCAGCUGCUGGAGACAUUCUGGUUGUUGUACCAGACGAGCAAACUGCGAGAGACGUUGCUGAGAGUCGUCAAAGAAUCUCACGAGAGCGAGAGUCUACAUCCUAUCAGGAAGGCUUGAUGAGUUCUGUUGCCAUGGCCUUUGGUUCCAAUAAAGAGCAAAGAGAAAUGUGUGUUGUUGUCAAAGCAGAUGUUCAAGGUUCAGCGGAGGCACUCACACGUGCCCUCCGAGAACUGAAACUGGAAAACGAUGAAGCCGUGGUGACCAUCAAAGUCCUCGUUAGUCAAACGGGUGAAGUCAGCAAGAGUGACAUUGCGAUUGCCAGUGUGACACCCGAUACCACUGUAAUUGCUUUUGGCGUGGCCGCGUCGUUCGCUGCCAUGGAGGACGCUCGAGCAGCGGGCGUGCCAAUUGAAUACUACAAUAUUGUGUAUGACGCCAUCGAAUCUGUAGAAUCCCGUAUGCAAGAAGUGCUGUCACCAACACCCGAGGGUGAGUACGUUGGCGCUGCAACGGUACAAGAAGUCUUCAACAUUGGUGGAACUGGAAACAUUGCAGGUAGUCGGUGUACCGAUGGUUAUCUUCGAAAGGGUGGCAACGUCCGAGUCAUGCGCGGAGAUAAGAUUCUUAUUGAGACCAUGAUCAAGACUUUGCGCAAUUUCAAGGCGGAAACAGAUACCAUUGAAUCUGGCAAUGAAUGUGGUAUCGGCCUGGUGGAUUUCGAGGACUUCCAGCCCGAUGAUGUCAUCGAGUGCUACGUUGAGAAGUGA